CCUGUACAGCUUCAGGUGGAGGUUCCUAUAAGGUGUCAGGACGUGGCGGUCUAUUUCUCCAUGGAGGAGUGGGAGUAUGUAGAAGGACACAAGGAUCAGUACAAGGAUCAGGUGAUGAUGGAGGAUCAGCAGCCCCUCACAUCACCAGUCAGAUGCAGUAAGAGAACAGCACCAGAGAGGUGUCCCCGUCCUCUUGAUGAGCAGAAUAUGGAGGCCAUUCAUACAAGGAAAGAUUUGAUCUAUAUUAAUGCUACAGACAUAAAAGAAGAAGAAGAGACAGAUGUGAGCAGUGAUGAGCAGUAUAAGGAGGACAUUCCUACAGAGAAAGAGCUCAUCUCUAUUAAUGCUACAGACAUAAAAGAAGAAGAGACAGAUGUGAGCAGUGAUGAGCAGUAUAAGGAGGACAUUUCUAUAGAGAAAGAUUUGAUCUAUAUUAAUGCCACAGACAUAAAGGAAGAAGAAGAAGAGACAGAUGUGAGCAGUGAUGAGCAGUAUAAGGAGGACAUUUCUGCAGGGAAAGAUCUGAUCGAUAUUAAUGUUACAGACAUAAAGGAAGAAGAAGAGACAGAUGUGAGUGGUGAUGAGCAGUAUAAGGAGGACAUUUCUACAGAAAAAGAUCUGAUCUAUAUUAAUACUACAGACAUAAAGGAAGAACAAAACACAGAUGUGAGCGGUAAUGAGCAGUAUGAGGAGCACAUUCCUACAGUUAAAAAUCUGAUCUAUAAUAAAACUACAGACAUAAAGAAAGAAGAGACAGAUGUGAGCUGUGAUGAGCAGUAUAAGGAGGACAUUCCUACAGGGAAAGAUCUGAUCUAUAUUAAUACUGACACAAAGAAAGAAGAAGAAACAGAUGUGGGCAGUAAUGAGCAGUAUAAGGAGGACAUUCCAACAGGGAAAGAUCUGAUAUAUAUUCAUGCUCCAAACAUAAUAGUAAAAGCAGAAGAGACAGAUGUGAGCUGUGAUGAGCAGUUUAAGGAGGACAUUACUACAGGUAACUACCCAG